CCUCGAGAUAAGUCAGCGCCAUAGCCAACGGAGGUGGACACACGGGCUUCCGAUAGGGCGAAGAAGGCCCUGAAGACCGGAAGGCGCUGGGGUGUUGAUGGAUCGGAAGCUCUGGUAUAAAAUCUCGAAGUUCUGAGUUCAUGGCUUUUCGCCAGCCCCGCUUCGACUUCUUCGCUGGAGUCGCGAGUCCACCUAGCAUUUGAGCUGCCUGAUACGACCUAAAGACGCGCUAGCUUCUUCUCAACUGACGCAGUCAUGUCGAGCAGUCCAGUGCUUCCUCAAGGCGCGGGCUACGGUGUCGUGGUCGGAAUCGGCCUGUUUUUCAGCGUCUUCAUGGUUGGAUUGACGGCUAUCCAAACUCGAUACACCGGGUUCUCCCCAAAGAACUCAGAAGAGUUCAACAGCGCUUCCAGGAGCGUUAAGCCUGGCUUGAUCGCCUCGGGUAUCGUAUCUGCAUGGACAUGGGCCGCGACGUUGCUGCAAUCGAGUGCUGUUGCCUACCAGUACGGUAUCUCCGGCCCAUGGUGGUAUGGCGCAGGUGCCACGGUCCAGAUCCUGCUCUUUGCACAGCUUGCGGCGAAGCUGAAAUUGAACGCCCCUCACGCACACACAUGGCUCGAGAUCGUUUACGCUCGUUGGGGCAGGACCGCCCACCUUGUCUUCAUGUUCUUCGGUCUGGCGACGAACAUAAUCGUCUCGUCCAUGCUUAUCCUCGGUGGCUCUGCUACUGUGACCUCGCUCACGGGCAUGAACACACUUGCGGCCUGUUUCCUGAUCCCCAUUGGUGUUGCUAUCUACGUGGUGGUCGGCGGUAUGCGCGCGACGCUCCUCUGCGACUACACGCACACCACCGUGCUCUUCGCCAUCAUCUUCGUCUUCGUGUUCACAGUUUACACGACCUCGGACAAAAUCGGCUCCUUCUCGGCCAUGCACUCUCUGCUCGCAAAGGCCGCCGAAGAGGCACCCGUUGCGGGCAACGCACACGGGUCUUACCUGACCAUGCGCAGCAAGAACGGCCUGAUCUUCGGCGUGAUCAACGUCAUUGGUAACUUCGCGACCGUCUUCCAGGACCAGGCGUACUGGCAGCGCGCGAUCGCGAGCCGACCUGCGACUUGCGUGAAGGCGUACCUGCUUGGUGGUCUUGCCUGGUUUGCGAUUCCGUUUAUGUUCGCGACGACUCUCGGUCUCUCCGCGGUCGCGCUCAAGGGCGACCCGGACAUGAUAAACCUGACCGCGGCAGACAUCGGCGCAGGUCUUCCUGCAUCUGCGGCGGCGUCUGCGCUCCUGGGCAAGUCUGGUGCCGCGGCGCUGCUCAUCGUUCUCUUCUUGGCCGUCACGUCUGCGACCUCUGCGGAGCUCAUUGCUGUCUCUGCCGUCUUGACGUACGAUGUCUACAAGAGAUACAUCAACCCACAGGCGACGGAGACUCAGAUUCUGCGUGUCUCGCAUGCGAUGGUUGUGUUCUUCGCCAUUGUCAUGGGCGUCCUUGGCUUGAUCUUCUACUACAUCGGGAUCUCCAUGGGCUGGCUGUACGACUUCAUGGGCGUCGUCUUGGGCUCUGCCGUCGUCCCCAUCGCGUGCUGCAUCACCUGGCGCAAGGCGAACAAGUGGGGCUGUAUCGCAGGUGCUGUCAUCGGCUUCUGCUGCGGUGUCAUCGCGUGGCUCGUCUCGACCGCGACGCUCAACGACGGAGUCAUUAACGUCACGACGACCUUUGGUAACUACGAGAUGUUGUCGGGCAACCUCGCCUCGAUCGGAAUGGGCGGCAUCAUUGCGGUGUCGACGUCGCUCAUCUGGCCCGAUGACUUCAAUUUCGAGGCCACCCGCGCGAUCAACACGCCCUCACAUGUUCCGUCGGAGAAGGAUGGUGUCGGGCGCGAGUCGGAGGAAUACGUGGACGAGAAGAAGCGCGUCGCCAGCGAGGUGUCGACCGAGCCUGUCGUGAACUCGACGGAGGCAGCGAUGGUGGAGGAGGAGAAAGAGCUUGACCCUAACGCGCUCAAAAAGGCGUUUAGGCUUGCGGCGUGGUCGUCUGUUGCCCUCACGCUGAUCAUGUUGAUCAUUAUACCCCUCCCACUCUUCUUCGCUCAGACCGUAUACGGCGUAAGGGGUCUCACAGCGUGGGUCGUCAUCGGGAUGAUAUGGGCUUUCUGCUCUGCCAUCUCCGUCGUGGUGUACCCGCUCUAUGAGUCGCGUGCAGCUCUGGGCCUGAUCAUUAGAGGAAUGACAAAGGAUACGUUCAUGAGAGGAAGCGGGAAGUUCGUGCACCCAACAACGACGACUCCCGAUGCAUGAACUGACACGGAUGU